ACUGCGGCGGGCAUUCUGACACUGGGGGGAACUGACUUUGUGUCACUGACAUCCCCAGUGACACCAAUACAGUGAUCAGUGCUAAUAAAAAGCAUUGACACUGUACUGAUGGCACUGGCCAGGAAGGGGUUAACAUGAGGGGAAAUCAAAGGGUUAACUGUGUGCUGAUGGUUCACUAUAAGCACACUGCUUUGGAUGGCUGUGCGGGAGCUGACAGGGAGGAGAACUGUUUUGUUUACAAACAGUUCUUCCUCCCUGUUGGAGAUGCUCAUCACCGGCAAGGACCCAGUGAUUGACA